UUCAUUAUGGCGAAUUAUUUUUGUGUUGUUUGUUGACGAAUAUUUGUGUCUGUAAGUCUUUAUUGAAAUAUUAUAUUUGUGUCUGUAAUUCUUUAUUGAAAUAUCCAAAAUCCUCGAUUGUUUAACGAUUGCAUAUAUAUUGGGAAACGUCAAUGAAAUUGUAUGAAACAAGGAUUAAUUAACUGCAGAAGACUUUACAGAGAAAUAUUCUUCACAAGGCCCGAAAUUUGUGGGGUGGAGGAGUGGGGGGGGGGCAGUCGAUUAGAUCGACCUCAGUACGCGACUGGUACUUAAUUUAUCGAUCCUGAAAGGAUGAAAGGCAAAGUCGACCUCGGCGGAAUUUGAACUCAGAACGUAAUUUACAGAGAAAUAUUUCUACCCGAUGGAUAACAUUAGAAUUUCAAGCAGUCAUUAAGAAUGAAUCAAAUCUCCGUCUUUUAGAAGAUAAAAUCUAUUUGAAGGAAACGUGGAUGUAUUUAAAGACUUAACACUUCCAAAAUAAUUCUGUUGAUUCUCUGCUGUUGUUGAUAAACAAUUAAGAUGAUCCAAUUAGUGUUGAUUGCUAAUUAACUGUGGAAAGAAAUCUAUACAACAUUCUUUACGAUGUCGAUGUGAAAAAUCUAAAUGAAGGUUUGUUGUAAAAUGUCAAAGCUGUCAUUGUCCAGUCUGAGUUGUGACUACUUGAAUCUAUCGUGACAUCUUCGUCAUUGGCUCUAUAUUAAUAUAAUAUCAAAUGAUAUUGGCGUAAAAGAAUAUUAUUUACCUGAGAUCCAUCAAUGUUUAUCCAUCUUUUAAAGACAAACGGAAGAUGUCGUACAGAACGAACGUAACCAUUCAUUAUAUAAAUCUGUGGUAGAAUUACUGUGAAAUAUUGACUCUGAGCUGAGAUUAUUUGCAAAAUAGCCAUACAAGAUGAUUUGGCUUUCUGAAUAAAUUUGGACAAAAAUGAAGUUUGUGGUACAUUCAAAUCCCAACAAAGAGCACAGAUGUUGGAAGGAAAUAUAGCAGAAGAAAUAUUUGUUAGGAAGGAAAUAAAAAACGAAAACAAAGAGAAUUAUUUGUAAAUUGUGGUGAGAGACGAAAAAUUAUGGAAAUUGAAUUCUUUGAGAACAAUAUUAAAUGUGAAAUGUCUAAACAGAUUAAUUUCACUGAUGACGUAAAGAAAGAGGAAGAAAAAACAUUAUAUCAGUGUGAUAUCUGUGAAAAGGCAUUCUCCCAAAAACGUAACCUGACUAAUCACAAACGUAUACAUACAGGUGAGAAACUGUAUCAGUGUGAUAUUUGUGGUAAAACAUUCUCUCAGAUAGGUUACUUAACUAAACACAGACAUAUGCAUACAGGGGAGAGAAAAUAUCACUGUAAUAUCUGUGGUAAAUCAUUUUCUGGCAGUUGUGAUUUAACUUCUCAUAUACGUAUUCAUACAGGAGAAAAACCAUACCAUUGUGAUAUCUGUGGUAAAUCAUUCUCUGAAAGUACUCAUUUAACUAAACACAAACGUAUUCAUACGGGAGAGAAACCAUAUCACUGUGACGUCUGUGGAAAAUCAUUCUCUGUAAGUAGUAACUUAACUCGACAUAAACAUAUCCACACAGGAGAGAAACCAUAUUGCUGUGAUAUCUGUGAUAAAUCAUUCUCUCAAAUAAGUCAUUUAAGUAGACACAAAUUUAUUCACACAGGAGAGAAACCAUAUCAGUGUGACAUCUGUGGUAAAUCAUUCUCUGAAAGUAGUGCCAUAACUACGCACAAACGUAUUCAUACAGGAGAGAAACCAUAUCACUGUGAAAUCUGUGGUAAAUCAUUCUCCCUACGAAGUCACUUAACUGUUCACAUACGCACUCAUACAGGAGAGAAACCAUACGACUGUGAUGUCUGUGAAAAGUCUUUCUCUCAAAAAGAUCAUUUGACUAAACACAAAUGUAUUCAUACAGGAGAGGAACCGUAUCAUUGUCCUAUCUGUGGUAAAUCAUUCUCUGGAAGAAGUCAAUUAACCACACAUGUAUGUGGACAGUGACUGUCCAGGUUAAAAUUCAAGUUGUGGCAAAUACAGUGCAGCAUGUGUACCUAAUUAAUAUUUGUUGCAAUAACAUUAAUAAUGAUGGUCGCUCCCAUCGAUUUUGAUGUACGAGUGUUUGAAGGAGAAGACACAAGGAUUAAAGAAAAAAAAAGUGGGGAAAAGACAAGAACAAAUGAAGCUGUAUUAAGUUUGGUUUAACAAUUACAAACACAGUGUUUCAGCUGGCAGAUAAACAUAAAAACAUCUGGAAGCAUCCCCGAUUUAGUAACUGGCACGUGCUUGAUUGUGUUAUAACAAAGAACAAGAAUUGCAGUGAUUUCAGAUUAAACAGAACUCACAAAACCCCUGAUCACAGGAUGGUGCACAGUAAGGUAUUUGUUAAAUACUAAGGGGCCACUGGGAUUCAGUUAUACAUCUAAGAAUAACCGUUUCUUCUUUAAAAAUUCCAGAAACAACAACGAAUUCUGAUAUGCAUUUAAAUUGAAAGCUUGCCGAAAUAGAGGAAAGCAAUGAGCUUGAAGUUUUGUGGCAGAAUGUUUGUAAGAGCCUCAGAAAUCAUCUGCUGAAGAAGUUCUGGGAUUCAUCAGAUGCCAACACCAAAAUUUGUUUGAUGAGAAUGAUUCUCAAAUCAAACGUCUCUUAGAAACUUUGCACAAGAGGCACAAGGCAUGGACCUUGGGCAACAAUUCACUAACACUCAGAUUCUUAUAUCCCUCUAAGAAAACUAAAUGGGGGAAAAUAUUGUGUGAGGUGAAAAAUUCUUGGUGGACAGAAAAAAAAAAAAAUGCCCAAGAAUUGGAAGAGGCUGCUAAGUCUCACACUGAGAGCCCUGUAUGGCAACCGAAAGGUGUAUUUGACCCCAGGAAAGGUGGUACAGAAUCUCUUCUUUCUAACAGUGGAACAAAACUAUUAAGUAGCAGAGAUGAAAUUCUGAAAAGAUGGGCUGAAAACUUUAAAUCCAUUCCACUGGUCAACAGCCAGUUUUCAUCAGGGAUAUUAUAUGAUGUUUUAUAUGGAGUUUUGUCUGCAGAUGAUUUCAAAAAUGUAACCGGUUUCCUUCUAUCAGGCACAGUUUUUCUGAUGAGAUGAGAGAAGUAUACAACUCCCAUCAGCAGUAUCGCUACACGUAAACGUCUUAUACAGUCCUUUCCACAGCAUUAUCAGCCAUGAGAGGACUCCUGUAGAGCUACCAACACAAGAUCAUUGGCAGUGGGAACCGUUCUACCUGAAUUUCCUCCAGAAUACCAGAAGCACAAUAAUACUUUGCACACGUGGAACCGACAGUACACCAACAGAAGCAAUGGAGCUCACAGUCAUCUCAGUUUUGAGGGCCCAGGAUCUUGAGUUCUGAUCUCGUUAUUCUUUGUAAAUAUUCUUAAUUACUUGAAAUUGAAAUAAAUCUGAUUUUGCUCUUCAA